ACUUACAAAAAACCACGAUAAAUAAAUACAUAGCAGACUUUUCUUCGAUUGUUGUCACAAUUUUAAAAUUAGGUUUGUUAGAAAAUUUAAGUUUUCCACAUUUAUACACAUAUACACAAUGUCGCGGCAACAGAAGUCACGCAUUUUUCCGAGGGACGUCAAUGAUUGCAUGGCGGGUAUGAAAUCAGAAACACAAGAUGCCUUGGAGAGCGGUGCAAAGCAACAUUCGAUAUUCCCAAGAUAAGAAUUUAGUGCCGCGAGUUCACGUCCCUCCUAUUUCAGUCUAUACCAAGGACUACAGCCGGUCAUCGCACAGUUCCAAAUUGCGACAAUGUAUCGCCGAAAAGGACAUACCCGACCCGGAUUUCUGCCGCCGACCAGUCAACCCAUUUUACAGCUUAUCCUCGAGCCAAUUCAAAUUCAUGGAUGAUCACCACUCGAAAGAUCUAGAAACCGAGUAUCGCAAAAAAAUCAACUUCUUCAGGCAACUAAGGCAUCAAUCUCAAAUUUUCACGGAUUAAUAGAGAUUAGAAUAGAGAUUUAGAUCUCUUUAUCUCUAAAUCAAACAGUAUUCAAUAUUCAAUGUAUUAGCCAUUAUCCAGCAACAGCCCAACCAAACUGGCCCGGAUUAAAAGUGUGCUGAAUACGUUUUGAUGUUCUGUCAGUUAUUCGUUUACAAAGUCUUUUUUCUAGUCAUUUGUUCUGUAGGUUAGAUUACAUAUGCAUUAUUUUUGUCUUGUCUGUUGCUUCUAUGCUGCCAUUUUAUCGCCUGCCUUAAGAGCUGCAUAACCGCAACGAUUAGGAGUGGAAUUCGGUGUAGUACUAAUCGUCCCGUUUAUGCAGCUGUAUUAGCCAUUAUCCAGCAACAACCCAACCAACUGGCCCGGAUUAAAAGUGUGUUGAAUACGUGUUGAUGUUCUGCCAGUUAUUCGUUUACAAAGUCUAUUUUCUAUUAUUAAUCAAAUUUUUUGGGCCGAAAAGGGGUGCUUUGGACUUAGGAAUUUAGAAAAAGAGUUGCGGAUAAUGAACCAAUAAUAAAAUGUAUGUACAUGUGGACCAGAAAAACAA